GGUGGUGCACUUAUUGUUGGUGGUCCCUUGGCUCUAGGGGCUGUUGGUUUCACUAGUGCAGGAAUAACAGCUGGAAGUUUAGCGGCCGGUAUGAUGUCGACGGCAGCUGUAGCUAACGGAGGUGCGAUAGCCGCAGGAAGCACGGUAGCUGUUCUUCAAUCUGUUGGUGCAGCGGGAUUAGCAGCUAACACAGCAAUAGUUGCUGGAACAGCCGGGGCA